AAAUAGAGAAAAUCGCUGACUUACAAUUUUGAAGUUUUCAUAAACGAACUGAAAAUUCAAUUUUUGAAAGAAUGUAUUUCAUGAAGAAUGAAUGACGAUACGAGUUAUACUAACUUGCAAACUGCAUGGACUUCCAAACGCUACUACGAAGUGGGACUCAUAGGAUUCAUCCUUGGUGUUAGCAACAAUCUAUAUCUAUUCAACAACAUAAAAAUCCUCGGUGCUGGAUUUAUUGGGCCCUGUUUUUUCUUUUUCUUGAUAGUGGGUAUACCUUUGGUGAUUUUGGAAUUGAGUUUAAGUCAGUAUGGACAAAAAGGAAUGAUACGAAUUUGGGCUUUAUGCCCAAUACAAAAAGGAAUGGGCUAUCUCUGUUUAUUAUAUUUAUUGACAAUGUUAGUGGAAGAACUGAGCGCACUAUCUUAUCUUGCUAGAUACAUCAUUAAUUCUUUUUCUUCGCAAUCAGGGUGGGAUUCUUGCAAUAACUAUUGGAACACGGAGUUCUGUUUCACAUUAGAAACGAAUGUUUCAAGAAGACUAGAUUGCUACGACGCCAUUGGAAAAUACAAUUGCGAUAAAGCUGUAUGGCAAAGCAGCCAUUGUCAAUACUGGUGGAAUGUGGUUCAAAACAUCGAUAUGGGAUUAUUUCAGUGGAAAUCCAUAGGUUAUUGUUUUGGGGUUACUUUAAUUGCAUUCGCGUUCACAUUCAAAGGCAUAGUGGUCAUUGAAAAAGUGGUGUAUUGGUCUUUGGUAUUUGCAGCAAUUGAAUUCACCAUUUUGCUUUACUGCUCUUUCAUACAGCACGGUUCUGGUAAAGGCCUUGUAUACCUGUUUCACUGGGACUGGAAGUUGUUCAAGAAGAAGUCUACUUGGAUAAUUUGCAUCAAGUAUGUUAUUAACUCGAUAGGACUAGGUUCCGGAGGACUCAGAACUUUGGGCGCUCAGAAUAAGUUCAGGGGACAUUCUUAUAUGAACUCCAUGAUGUUGAUUCUGGUGACUAUGACAGUCACUGUUCUUUACUAUUUACUCUACCUCAGUCUCUGUGGAAAUCUCAGCUAUUUUUCAAACCAGACCAUAGAGGAAAUAAUGAGAGAUGAGGAACCAGAAUUUUGGUCCAAAGUUCCCAGGAUGCUGCAGCGAUUGGGCGGACCGAAGAGACUGUGGCAAUGCAUUUUUUAUUCCCAAGUUUUCCUAAUUCUGUUCUCGAAGUGCAUAUUGGUCACUUUCGUCAUGGUUCGAACGGUAUUCAAUAGAUUUCCAAUGGCUGAGAACUAUUUCGUAAUAACCAGCAGCGUGGUGUACGCGUGUGCUUUCAUAUGCUGCGCCCCUAUGUUUACAGUGUUCGGCACUUUCCUUCUAAAGCAGCUCACAUGGAUAGCUUGCAGAGGGCCCAUGAUUUUACUCAUGAAUUUUAUCCAAAAUACUGUUAUCCUGUACGUCUACGGACUGACAACGGUGGUAGACGAUUUGCACUUUAUGCUGGGUUUCCGAUUGGCCUUCUACUGGCAGAUAUUACUAUUUCUGUCGCCGGUAAUUCUAUGCAUAAUGUGGAUCACGAGUUUGUGGGAUUUCUAUCACUGGUUGAAAGUAAUUUAUUUAACCGUCGCAGAAAAAUUGAUCAUGAACGCGGCUGCUUAUUCACCUCUUUUCAUAAGUAUAGGCUAUCCAAUUUGGUACAUGAGAUGGAUGAUAUGGAGGUGCAAAUUUGAAAAUGUUUUGAGACCUAGUGAUAAUUGGUAUCUAAGUGAUCCAAUCUUGAGAAAAAGUCGUCAAAUGUUCUCAGCCAUGAGUAUGACUAAAGAGUACCUAUAUCGACAAACGAAGAAACAGGAAAAAGCCGCUUAUGAUAUUGAUAUUGACGAAACUAUUGAUGAAGAGGCAGCUUAAUCAUCAAAUUGUAAUACAUUUAUUGAUUGGAAAUAUAUUCUCCGCUGUAAAAAACAUAUUUUCAUUUUGGUUCUAAAAGAAAGAGUAAUACUUCUAUGAUUCGUAGGCAGAUUCUAUGUUCUA